AUGUUCGGGUCACACCACAUCGUCUGGGCAACCGAUUCAUUGACCGUGUCCUUGGACGUUGACAGCGAGGGGAGUAUCUACUUGGCCGAUCUACAGCCCACCAAUUCGUUGACUAAUGGAGUCGAUACUAAACGCUGCACCCUCACAUCCUUAAAAUCCUCGGCGCUACCUCUCAAUGCAGUCCGGCUUGUUGGCGAAGGAAACACUGGUGACAAGACGUCGAAGUCACUUAUAGGAAGCUAUCUAUCGAAACGAAUGAGAUAUCACUCUCACGAAGAAUCGAGAAGUCAUGAGUCCCAAUGUCUGAAAGUCGUCGCCUUUGAUGAAGUGACAAGGAUCAAGGUGACGACCUACUUUACGGUAUUUUUGGGGAUACCGGUCUUGAGAGCCGUGGCCGAGAUACUGAACGAGUCGUCUCAGGACAUUGUCGUGAGCCAAAUCUCCUCUCUGUGCGUGGGCGGCUUGACGUCUGGUAAUCCGGGAUGGUGGCAGGAAUAUACCCUCUCCACGGCCACGAACUCGUGGUUCCGGGAGGCCCAAUGGCGCGAGGAUACGCUUCCCAACAUUGGAAUCGACGAUAACCGCAUUUCUCUCAUGCCGGGCGGGAUGCACGGCGGAUCAAUGGCCAAUUUUUCCCUGUCAAACCGUGGCUCGUUUUCAACUGGGACUUAUCUCCCCAUGGGACUUUUGCAGCGAAAGGACCAGAAAGAUACUUGGCUGUGGCAGGUUGAAAGCAACGGUUCGUGGAGAUGGGAAAUUGGGGACCUUCAAAAUGACAUCUACCUGGCAGCAGGGGGUCCUACGGCAGUCGAUCAUGACUGGAAGCAGAGCCUCGCACCCGGUGAUUCUUUCACCGGUGUUCCGGUCGCUUUGUGCCACGUUUAUGAUAACACCGACCAGGCCUUAGGUGCCUUGACUCGAUAUCGACGAUGCAUGCGAAGAAAACACAAUGACAAUGAGGCGAUGAGUCUCAUAUUCAAUGAUUAUAUGAACUGCCUCAUGGGCGAUCCCGAUGAAGAUAAGAUCAAAGCUCUUCUGCCAGCGGUUGCACGAUGUGGUGCUGAAUAUUUUGUGAUCGACGCUGGCUGGUAUGCUGACGAUAAUGGAUGGUGGGACGACGUCGGCGAGUGGGAGCCUUCCAAGAGAAGGUUCCCUUCUGGUUUCAAAAAUCUUCUGGCAACCAUCCGCUCUUAUGGUCUCAUCCCAGGUGUAUGGCUUGAACCAGAAGUGAUUGGCGUGCGAAGCGCCGCUGUACGUCAGCUUCCGGAAGACGCCUUCUUUCAAGAUUGUGGUCAAAGGAUUGUUGAACGAGGUCGCCAUCAGCUGGAUUAUCGCCACGAAGCAGUACGAUCACGGAUGACCCAGAUUGUCGACAAGCUUGUAGAUGAGUAUGGCGUGGGUUACUUCAAGUUCGAUUAUAACAUCGAAGUUGUCGCCGGCACGGACUUGGCUUGCAGUCGGGGUGUCGGGCAGCUUGAUCACAAUCGUGCUUAUUUAAGCUGGGUGAAUAGCUUAUACGACCGGCAUCCAGAUCUAGUCAUCGAAAGUUGCUCGAGUGGUGCGCAGCGCAUGGAUUAUGCGAUGCUUUCGGUGCAUUCUUUACAAUCUACCAGUGAUCAAGAAGAUCCCGUCCUCUACGCAGCUAUUGCGGCGGCGGUCCCGACUGCAGUCACUCCCGAACAAAGCGCCACCUGGGCAUAUCCUCAGAGCAAGUGGGAUGCAGAAAUCAAUGCAUUGACGGUUGUGAACUCACUACUAGGUCGGGUUCACCUGAGUGGCAGACUUGACCAGCUGAACGACAAGAAUUGCUCUCUGAUUGCCGAGGGAAUGGCAGUCUACAAGCGCAUUCGCUCAGAUUUGAAGACUGCACUGCCUUUCUGGCCUCUUGGUUUCCCGCACUGGCACGAUGAUUGGCUAGCUUUGGGAAUGACCACACAAGCUGGCGAGGUCUAUUUGAGUGUCUGGCGCCGGGGAGGGCCGCAAAAGUUCCAGCUGCCACUUGCACCACUGAGGGGGGAGGCAAUGGUGCAAGUUGAUCUGUUGUAUCCACGCACGUUCGAAGCAUCUGCAAGGUGGAAUACAGAGACUGGUAAGCUGGACAUGGAACUUCCGCAGGUCACUUGCGCUCGCUUGUUCCAUAUCAGAUCACAAAAUCAGUGA